AUGCUCAUACAGAUACUACAUCGUAUCUGCGCUUGCUUUACCCGCGUCUACAUUGUCGUCGAUGGUAUCGAUGAGUGUGACAAUCGAGUCGAAGCAAAUGUAAAGUGCUUGGCUGAGCUUGCGCUGUCACAAGGGAACAAUGUUAUUAACAUGGCGUUAUUUAGCCGGGACGAGAGCAUUAUGCGCACACGUCUGGAGAAAGACUUUCCUCAUGUCGAAAUUGAGGCCCAUACCGAGGACCUGCAACUCUAUGUCGCCUCAGAACUUAGCGAAAGAAUUGCUUCAAAACGGCUGAGACUUCGUGACCCAAAUCUGAAAGACCUCGUUAUGACAAGAUUGGUUAGGGAAGCUAAAGGGAUGUUUCGCUGGGUAGCCUGCCAAUUGGACUACAUGUGUGAACUCCCAACAGACAGAGCUCGACGUGAGGCCUUGAGCAAGCUUCCCCCUUCGCUCUAUGCAACUUAUGAUCGUAUCUUACUAAGAAUUGAUGGUUGCAACGAUGCGGUAAAACGAAUAGUCAAGGGAGCGCUAUUAAUGCUCGCGACGACUUUCUCCUCACUCUGCUUUGAAGAAAUCUGCGAGGCCAUUUCCUUGGAAGACGGUGCAACAACUCUCGAAGAUGAUAAGAUUGUAAAAGAAAAGGAAUUGCUGCGAUGGUGCAGUAAUCUUAUUCGAGUCGACAAAUCCGGCUCUUUCGCCAAUGGCAAAAGAAUUCAGUUUGUACACUUUACAGUCCAAGAAUAUAUUCAGUCCUUGAAGACUCGCAAUUCGGACCAUCAAUACCCAAAUCUCAGAGAAUACGCUGUUUCGCGGGUAGAUGGCAUCGACUUCUUUUCUUUCCUGUGUUUACGCUUCCUCACUAUGGAGGAUAUGGAGCGAUUUCCGCCUACCUCUGACAUAACAUGUAGUAUCGAGGACAUGCUUGCUCGACGCAGACGCAGAACCUUUUACCGCAAAUCAGUACUAUCUUGA